AUGUCUGAAGCACGCCGUGAGAGGAAACCAUCCGUUGGUGCUCCCGUUUCAGAGCUCCAGGGUCCUAUCGGUCCAGGGUUUAGCCGCCCAAAGCACAAACGGACUUAUACCGGCCUAGCACCAGCGGAGAUUAAGAGUGUCGAGGCCAGCAUCCCCGAGCCGUUAAGAGAAGCCUGGAGAAAGCAUUCGGCCAAUGGCUUUACGAACAAAGAUGAGUUUGAAAAAGAGUUGGUUCGUCAUGUCGAAACAACCUUGGCCCGCUCGCUUUACAACUGCGAUGAACUUGCUGCGUACUCGGGAACCGCGCUUGCCUUCCGUGACCGCCUGAUCAUCGACUGGAACAAGACCCAACAACGGCAAACGUCUGCAGAUCAGAAGAGAGUAUACUACCUCUCACUCGAGUUUCUCAUGGGUAGGGCGCUGGAUAAUGCUAUGCUUAAUGUUGGCAUGAAGGACGCUGCUAGAGAGGGCCUGAACAAUCUCGGCUUCCGGAUCGAGGAUGUUAUCGAUCAGGAACAUGAUGCCGCUCUCGGAAACGGGGGUUUAGGACGCUUAGCGGCAUGCCUGCUUGAUAGCCUGGCAACACUGAACUACCCAGCUUGGGGCUACGGGCUACGUUACAGAUAUGGGAUCUUCAAACAAGAGAUUGUAGAUGGCUAUCAAGUGGAAGUUCCUGAUUAUUGGCUCGAUUUCAAUCCCUGGGAGUUUCCUCGGCAUGAAAUUACUGUCGAUAUUCAGUUUUAUGGCUGGGUGAGGAAAUACCAAGAUGAAAAUGGUAGGACUGUCCAUUCGUGGCAAGAUGGCGAAACUGUCCAAGCGUUAGCGUAUGACGUACCUAUUCCUGGUUACGGAACAUCUACAACGAACAAUCUCAGGUUAUGGUCAAGCAAGGCAAGUAGUGGAGAAUUCGAUUUCCAAAAGUUCAAUGCUGGUGACUACGAGAAUGCUGUGGCAGAACAGCAACGCGCAGAAACUAUUUCUGCGGUGCUCUAUCCAAAUGAUAACCUUGAGAGGGGGAAAGAGCUCAGAUUGAAGCAGCAAUACUUCUGGUGUGCUGCCUCACUACAUGACAUUGUUCGGAGAUUUAAGAAGACAAAACGAGCUUGGAGUGAAUUUCCAGAUCAGAUAGCGAUCCAGCUCAAUGAUACACAUCCAACCCUGGCUAUAGUCGAGCUUCAGCGCAUCCUAGUUGACCUGGAAGGUCUCACGUGGGAUGAGGCUUGGAGCAUCGUGACCAGUACUUUUGGAUACACUAACCAUACAGUGUUGCCGGAGGCGCUGGAGAAAUGGUCGGUCCCUCUCAUGCAAAAGCUUCUCCCACGUCACUUGCAGAUAAUCUUCGAUAUUAACUUAUUCUUCCUACAAACGGUAGAGAAGAAGUUUCCCAAUGACAGAGACUUGCUGUCACGGGUGUCAAUCAUCGAAGAAUCCCACCCGAAGAUGGUCCGCAUGGCUUACAUCGCAAUUAUCGGGUCUCACAAAGUCAAUGGUGUCGCGGAACUCCACUCAGACCUUUUACAGACAACGCUCUUCAAAGACUUUGUUCAGAUAUAUGGACCUGAUAAAUUCACCAAUGUCACGAAUGGAAUUACUCCACGCCGCUGGCUGCACCAGGCUAAUCCACGGUUGUCGGACCUGAUUGCCACUAAGCUCGGUGGAUACCAAUUCUUGACAGAUUUGACACUUUUAGACCGACUGGAAGCCUUUGUUGACGACAAGAACUUCCGAAGGGAAUGGGCGGAGAUCAAGACUGCAAACAAAAUCCGUCUUGCGAAGCACAUCAAAGACACUACCGGUUAUAAAGUCAACCCUACCGCCCUGUUUGAUAUUCAGGUCAAGCGCAUUCACGAAUAUAAACGCCAACAGCUCAAUAUCUUUGGUGUGAUCCAUCGCUAUCUGACUAUCAAGUCCAUGUCUCCGGAGGAUAGAAAGAAAGUUCAACCACGAGUAUCCAUUAUCGGUGGCAAGGCAGCCCCGGGGUACUGGAUGGCAAAAACUAUCAUUCACCUCGUCAACAAUGUGGCAUCUGUCGUAAACAGUGAUCCGGAUAUUGGCGAUCUCCUGAAGGUAAUCUUUGUUCAGGAUUACAAUGUUAGCAAGGCAGAGAUAAUCUGCCCUGCCUCUGAUAUCAGUGAGCAUAUCUCGACCGCUGGUACUGAAGGUAGCGGUACUAGUAACAUGAAGUUUGUCCUUAAUGGUGGCCUUAUCAUUGGGACAUGUGAUGGAGCCAAUAUUGAAAUCACCCGGGAGAUCGGUGAACAAAACAUCUUCCUCUUCGGCAAUUUAGCUGAAGAUGUCGAAGAUCUCCGUCACCGACACUUCUAUGGCGAUUUCCAGAUCGACCCUCAUCUUGCCAAGGUGUUCGAUGCAAUCCGAAGCGGCACAUUCGGCGAUGCUGGUGACUUCUCUGCGCUCAUUGCAUCCAUUGAAGAGCACGGCGACUACUAUCUUGUAUCUGAUGACUUCAACUCGUAUAUCACAACACAGGGUUUGGUAGACGAAGCAUUCAAGAACCAAGAUGAGUGGCUAGCCAAGUCCAUUAGUAGUGUUGCACGCAUGGGCUUCUUCUCUACAGACCGGGUGAUCAACGAAUAUGCGGACGGUAUCUGGAAUGUAGAGCCUCUCGCUGUGAAGGACUGA